AAGGAUAUAAAAUAAAAGGUUAACAAAUAGAUGAAGCGGUGUGGAGAGGAGAAACGGUAAAGAUGUAAUGAAUGGGCGAAACAAUAUAUCCACGCAUGCGCGGUCGAGGGAAUUCUAAAUAUGAAAUGAAUCUGGAAUGUGAAUGUAGAUGGCCUAACCUAAAGUGGGCGAACGAAAGAGUUCGUUCGCCACACAAGAAAGAUGUGUAGGCAUAUCCAAAUACAAAAAUGGGUACGAAAUCUAUCUAAAUUAUUCACCUAAAUGUGCUUUAUUUGCAGUUUAUUUAUAAGCAUUAAAUAAAUUUUGGCAUCGUUAAUGCUCACGUCAGACAGAGUAGACGGCUUGGCCACGAUCACAAACAGUUGACCCAGUCUGUAGCUGAUCUCUAAUCUAGCACCUGUAUAAAUACAAUUUGUUUUAAAAUAUAACUGAUUCAAAUCAUGUUUGUAACAUAAACGUAAAGGAUUAAUAAGUUUUGGUAACUGCUACAACUUUUCUGUGUGUAUAUAUUUUCAAAAUGUUGGGGUUUCGUAUAUCUGUCUUUGCGACAUUAUUUACCUUUGGAUUGGUGAAUUGUGCAUUUCGAAACUUUGAAACGCUUAAAAUACCCGUGAAUGUCGGUGUUAUCCUUCCACCAAACACUGUAACUGAAAUAGCAUUUGCUUCUGCUCUCGCACGAGCUUCAAUGGAGAGUGAGCGAUAUAAUUUUGCAAUGAAAAUUGUGUACGUUCCUUAUGGAGACAGCUUCGCAGCGUCAAAAGCCGCAUGCGAAUUAUUGGAAAUCGGUGUGAUAGCAAUUUACGGACCUAUUGAUCCUGUCUCGACUUCUGCUGUUGAAGCAAGAUGUCGGUCUGUAAAAGUACCUCAUAUUCAAGCCGUGUGGCGUCCGCCUCAUCCUAGAGGGUUAGAGAGACCGUCUCCCCCUGGCAUAAACUUGUAUCCGGAAGCAGUUGCUCUAUCGAAGGCUGUCGCCUUGUUUAUCAAGGACAAUGAUUGGGAUAGAUUUACACUACUCUAUGAUGACGAUCACGGGCUCAUAAGACUACAAGAGAUUUUGAAACAUGCUGAUCAGAGUCAAAAGUGGGUGGCACGUAGAUUGAAGCCCGGCGAAGACAAUCGCCAAUUGCUUAAGGCGUUAAAAGCUUAUGGUGAAUCCAGAGUAGUUAUAGACUGUCCCUCUGACAGAAUCCUACAUUACCUGCGGCAAGCUUUCGAAGUAAAUUUCUUUGAAGAUUAUAUGAGUUAUGUCCUGAUAUCAUUGGAUGCACAUACAUUGGAUCUUCAGGAGUUAAGAUAUGGAUUAUCCAACGUCACAUGUCUGAGAAUAUUCGAUCAUUCUGAUGCGAGAACACGAUCUUACCUCGCAGAUUGGAAGGCAAGAACGACGUCUGAUGUAAAAAUUCCACAUCAAACUCAUGAAAUAACAGUGGAAGCAGCUCUGGCAAGCGAUGCAGCGAGAUUGAUAACAGAUGCAGUAGAAAGUGCACCAGAUGAAUUCAAAAUAGAGGCCCAAUCAAUAGAAUGUGGUUCUGAUACCCAAUGGGAGGCUGGCGAAGAUUUUAUUAACCACUUGUUAACUAAUCCAAUAACAGGUAUAACUGGACAGAUAUCGGUCGACAAUACAACUGGAGAAAGAAUAAAUUUCAAUGUAGAAAUAAUGGAACUUUCUAACAGCGGGUUUAACAGAAUUGCUCAAUGGAAUCCAGAAGAGGGUUUUAAAUAUGCCCGAACCCCUAGUGAAGUGUCUGACCUUUUAGCGGAAAAAUGGCAGAACAAAACAUUUAGAGUUGUAUCUCGUUUAGGAGCUCCGUACCUUAUUGAAAGAACUCCUAAAGAGGGCGAAGUAUUAGUUGGUAAUGAUCGUUACGAGGGAUACUCGAAGGAUCUUAUACAUGAGGUUUUAAAAGAAACAUUGCAUCUUAAUUAUGAGUUUGAAAUCGUACCAGGAAAUUUGUAUGGUGCUUAUAAUAAAGAGACUAAAAAAUGGGAUGGUUUAAUAGGUCACCUUGUAGAAAGGAAAGCUGACCUAGCAAUUUGUGACUUAACUAUAACUUACGAACGAAGAGCUGCCGUGGAUUUCACGACUCCAUUUAUGACGCUAGGAAUUAGCAUUCUCUAUUCAAAGGCCGCACCCCCAGAGCCUGAACUCUUUUCAUUCUUGAAACCAUUUUCGGUAGAUGUUUGGAUUUACAUGGCUGCCGCGUACUUGAUGGUUUCCCUUUUCUUACACAUUUUAGCUAGAUUGGCGCCAAAUGAUUGGGAGAAUCCGCAUCCUUGCGACAAAUCUCCAGAAGAACUAGAAAAUAUUUGGCAUAUCAAAAACUGUUGCUGGCUGACUAUGGGAUCGAUUAUGACACAAGGAUCUGAUAUUUUACCAAAGGGCUAUUCUACAAGAUGGGUAUGUGGGAUGUGGUGGUUCUUCGCACUUAUUAUGUGUUCGUCUUAUACAGCUAAUCUUGCUGCUUUUCUUACCAAUGCUGCUAUGGAUGACUCAAUUAAGAGCGUAGAAGAUUUAGCUAGCCAGACAAAAAUUAAAUAUGGUACAUUAAAAGGAGGUUCUACGUCUUCGUUUUUUAGGCGUUCAAAUGUCUCUACUUUUCAAAAAAUGUGGGCAGCAAUGGAGUCUGCACGACCGUCAGUUUUUGUUGCAAGUAAUGAUGAGGGACUCGAAAGAGUUCAAAAAGGUAAAAGAUCUUAUGCGUUCUUGAUGGAAUCCGCUGCGAUCGAAUAUCAACUCGAAAGGCAUUGUGAAUUGAUGCAAGUCGGUGGGCUUCUAGAUUCUAAAGGAUUUGGAAUUGCUAUGCCAUUUUCAUCAUCAUAUCGUACAGCCGUUGAUAAUGCAGUAUUGAAAUUAGCAGAAAGUGGGAAAUUGGUAGAACUAAAAAACCGUUGGUGGAAAGUGCCAGAAGAUGAAGCAUGUGUUACAGAAGAAGCUACCGAAGAAGGUGCCAGUGCCGCUGAAUUGGGUGUGGACAAUGUUGGUGGUGUGUUUGUUGUACUGGGGAUAGGGUGUGGUAUGGCAGCUGCUAUGGGAGGCUUGGAGUUUCUCUGGCAUGUUAGAGAUGUAGCUGUUGAACAAAAGAUGACACCUUCUGAGGCUUUUUGGGCUGAGCUCACAUUCGCUCUAAGUUUCUGGGAGACGGAGAAACCUGUGCAACACGACCGGUCGUCAUCGUCGGCAUCGAAUUCAAACAUAGCAUCGAGAGCGUCGUCAGUUCUCAGAUCAGCAGCAGACUUAUUUCAUCUUGAUGUAUUUAAUAAAUAGAUAUUUAACUUUAUAAUUUAGAAAGGAAAUAUUUCAAUAAAAAUACAUUAAAUUUUAA